UUGGCCUUGGCUGGGAGUGUGGUAGUAGAGGUGUGCGAGGGAAUGGCGAAGCAAAUACGCGGCUUCAAAUCGUCUCAGGGGAAUGCAUCAACUUUUAUGUUUUGAUUAACAUCAAGACGGCUGUCUAUCGCUAUCUUCGGGCCUCUGCGUGUAGUCUGGAUGCCGAUGGAAGUAGAGGGGUUCAUAAGGAAACGUCGGAUGACAGCGGAGACGUCAGGCAAUGAAUCUGGGGUAGCUGGUGCCUCAGCCGGGGCAGAAGUUCGAUGGCUUGGGGGUAGAUUCUGGGGACUUUCGGAAAGUAUCAUGGGCACUUUGACACCCCGGGUCGGGGGCGAACUAGACCUACAGACUGUCCAUUAUUGCUGUGGGUCGCCAGAUCUGACAGAGGACUCCGAUGCGGACUACGAGGGGUUGCCACAGGGAGCUUCCACCAGCACCCACAUGUUGGCCGGAGCCGUAGCCGGGAUCAUGGAACACUGCCUCAUGUUUCCCAUCGACUGUGUCAAGACUCGCAUGCAGAGCCUGCAGCCGGACCCCGCCGCCCACUACAGAAAUGUGAUGGAUGCCCUGCGGCGAAUCAUAACCACAGAGGGAGUUUGGCGACCAAUGAGAGGGCUGAACGCCACAGCAGUCGGGGCGGGACCGGCCCACGCUCUCUAUUUCGCCUGCUACGAGAAACUUAAAAAGACUCUAAGUGAUCGCAUUCAUCCAGGGGCUAACAGUCAUUUGGCUAAUGGGGCGGCGGGAUGUGUGGCUACACUGCUUCACGAUGCGGCCAUGAACCCAGCGGAAGUGGUGAAGCAGCGGAUGCAGAUGUACAACUCGCCGUACCGCGGCGUGCUGGACUGCGUGCGCGCCGUGUGGCGGACGGAGGGCGGCGGCGCCUUCUACCGCAGCUACACCACGCAGCUCACCAUGAACGUGCCCUUCCAGGCGCUGCACUUCAUGACCUACGAGUACCUGCAGGAGCAGCUCAACCCGCACAGACAGUACAACCCCUCGUCCCACGUGGUGUCGGGCGCGCUGGCCGGGGCCAUCGCCGCCGCCGCCACCACACCGCUGGACGUGUGCAAGACGCUGCUCAACACCCAGGAGUCGCUGGCGCUGGGCUCGCUGGCGGCGGCGCCCGGCCCCGGCCAGAGCCCCGCCCCCCACAGACAGAUCACGGGGCUGGCCCACGCCUUCCGGACGGUGUACAGGCUGGGCGGCCUGCGGGGCUUCUUCAGGGGCUCGCAGGCCCGCGUCAUCUACCAGAUGCCCUCCACGGCCAUCAGCUGGUCGGUGUACGAGUUCUUCAAGUACGGCCUCACCAAGCGCCAGCACGGGCGCAGGCUGCAGCACCGCGAGGCCGAGAUGUAGACCUCCUCGCCCUCCUUCUCCUCCCCCCUCCUCCCUCCUCCUCCCCCCUCCUCCCUCCCCCCUCCUCCUCCUCCUCCCGUCUCCCCCCCUCCCCCCUCCUCCUCCCUCCACCCCCCCCCAUCGCCACUGUAUGGGGCCACUGAGAAGGUGUGCAGUCAUCACAAUCACAAAGAGAAUAGAAAUGACCCCCCCCCCCCCACCUGGUCAGACAAAGCAGAUAUAUGAAAAACAGCUUGUGUACAUUUCCUUUGGCUCCUUCUGUUGCUGAGCCUCUGUUGGUGUGGAUGGGGGGGGGGCUUGUAUCUGAGGAGAUGAUAUUUACAUGGUGUAGCACCACUCAGGUCUGACUGGCGCGGGGAGCUUCAUCGGUCUAUGAAUGUGAACCGUUGGGUUAGAGAGAUGGUCUACAGACGGUCUCUGACUGGCGCGGGGAGCUUCAUCGGUCUAUGAAUGGGAACCGUUGGGUUAGAGAGAUGGUCUACAGACGCUCUGACUGGCGCGGGGAGCUUCAUCGGUCUAUGAAUGGGAACCGUUGGGUUAGAGAGAUGGUCUACAGACGGUCUCUGACUGGCGCGGGGAGCUUCAUCGGUCUAUGAAUGGGAACCGUUGAGUUAGAGAGAUGGUCUACAGACAGUCUGACUGGCGCGGGGAGCUUCAUCGGUCUAUGAAUGGGAACCGUUGGGUUGGAGAGAUGGUCUACAGACGGCGGAGCAUUGUUAGGUUCGACUGAAGGUAUAACGCAAUUUUACACAAUAUUCACACUUUAAGUAUUACAUUAGAGACCAAAAAUCAAUGAAAUUAAAUGUGAUCUUUUUUGUAAGGAUCCCCAGGCCGCAAACGAUCCCACUGAACCUAAUGGGACACACUUGUGAUUUAAAUUAGCUUGUGUAGAACAGGUAUCUCUGAAGCUGUGAAUUUGGUGACCUCUGAAUAAAAAAAAUAAUCUGAAAUAUAUAAACUUGACCCAGUCCUGAUCCAAGAUACCGAUGUGGUCCACCAGGCAGAAACCGACUCUUAAUGGGUUCCAUAAGUCAUUAUUAUCAUCGGUUUAUUUUUCAUGAAGUCUGGUUAACGUAUAAAGCAUUGCAUUGAUACAUACGAUCAUCCCUUAAAAUUGUACAACUUAAUAUUAAUGUUGCCAUCUCAAUUUGGCAGAAAAAAUUAUAGCAGAACAUGGGUUCGCAGUUUCAUCUCGAUAGCAAAAUGAGUGAAAUUGGGCAGAGCUGAUCUGAAGCUUUAUGGGCUGUAUGUCUGUAACCUGUAUGUUUUAGACCUCAAUUGUUUCAAUACCGUACCUACUCUUCAUGCUAACGUAGCCAUGUGUAGUGUGUCGACUGUCUGGAUUCUGUUUGAAUUGAAGCUCUCAUUCUUGAUGGUUGUCUGUUAGUGGCAACACUGGCACUGCACUCUCUCUGCUUAAUAAAGAGUUUAACGUUGGGCCUCAUCUUCAUGCAUAAAGCUUGAAUUCAUGCCUCACCAUUGUCUCACAUGCAAGAGCCUGCAUAUUCCUAAAUGCUGUCUGGGGCAUUACACACUAGGUUUGUGCUAAUGUGGAUUGAUAAUCUGGAAUUGAUAAUAUCCGAUUCGGGUUAUCACUAUUUGUGGUGAGAUAUCAUGCACUGUGUGCCUGCAGAAGUGGGCUCAAGGGGAAAAAAAUAGUCGCUGUUAAACCUUGACUUUAAGAUGGCAGGAUGUGUUUUUAGUCAUGAGUUUACAGUUUGCGCAGAUCUGAAUACAUCGUUCAUUUGAAAUGAUUUGUUGAUAAAGUUUGUUGAUUUCGCCACAGUUGCAUUCUUCAAAGUGAAAACAUUUUCAAUAUCGAUUUAGUCUAAGGACUAAACCCAGAGCGUUUUGCCUGGGAGUCGGAACACCAGUUCCAUCAGACUACCCUUCCUGUGUGAUGAGUGGAGACUUCAUAACCAGAGAAUAAGUCUCUACUGGGGCUGUUCUGUAGGCAGCUAGUUACCAUAGACCGUACAGAGAUCCGAACACUCAUCCCUUAUUCAUUUGAUCUAAUUGACUUAAUCUUGGAGUCCUUCAAGAUAAAUAUAUGUAAUAUAUAUGUAUAUAAAGUUUCUACAGAACGUCUUAACGAGCACUAAUCCACCUUUAAGCUCAAGGAAGUGGACCCUGAACUGCAGAAGCAUUGUGUCACAAUGAGAUAACCUUUUCCCUGAGUAGAACUAAGAUAAGUAGAAGUUAUAGGAUGUCCAACAGGCCCUGUUUUGAUCCAUUCAAUCUUCUUCAUUAGAGUAAAAGAAAGACCCAAUAUCAAUGGUUACAAUUCGCUUUUCAAGACUCUUAUGACAAUUUGAGAUAGCGAUAGAGAUAUUAAAGUGACAUUUAGAUGAUACAACCAGGCGUCUUGGCAACCCAAGACUACGUGCACAUCAAAUCCAAACACCUGUGGACUUUACUGUUUGAGUAGCAUCUUGAAGAGGCUUAUCAACAGCUGUGUGUUGUGUUAGCAUCAUCUUUAAGAGGCUUAUCAACAGCUGUGUGUUGU